GAAAAAAAAUAAUUCUGUCAUCAGUUGUUCACGAUAUGAGUAAGAAUUAAACAAAAGUGCAAAUAUUUUAUACAUCGCUUUGGAGUUAUUAAAAUUAAUUUAAUAAGCCUCGUGAAUUUUCAUCAAUCUCAAAGGAAGAAAUCCGUGUUGAAAUUUUUAGAAUUUCUCUCGCUUAUAAUAAUUCAACACGGGUGAAAUGGAGUGUCAUCCAUGGGAUAGAAGCGCGGAGGAUAGGGCGCUAAGUAAUCCUGUCAUUUUGACCGAAAUAUUUCAAUACCACUCUACCCCAUUGAAAAUCUGUCGACUAGUUUGCCAAUUUUGGAACGAUAUGGUCCUCUCCCUUCCAAAUGGGAGACUUACAUUAAACCUCGAGCAUAACGGAGAUGACGGUGAUGAUGAUGAAGCCGUAAAAUUUUUCGGAGUAUGUUUCGCAUUAAAUGCCCGACUUCCGAAACGGAUUAAAGGAGAGACCACCUCCACCGAGGCUGAUGCACAUUUGCGAAAAAUUCAGUGAUCACGUGCAAAUUUUACACCUUCUCAUAUGGGACGAAGAUUGUUUAAAAUCUAUUUGUCAAGGUUUAACAAAUUGCUGCCCCAAUUUGAAACAGUUGCGAAUUGAAGGCGAAUUUGCGCGUUCUAUCGGUGUGGAUCUGUUUCCAUUCGGAGGGGAAGGAAUUCUGGCAAGAAAACCGAAUUUGACCGUGUUCGCCUUCACUUGCAUGAUUUGCAAACCGGAAAUUCAAUUUCUCAAGGAUCUCGCAAAUUUUAUUCAAUUGGUGGUCAACGCCUCGCCAAAUUUGAGAGGCGUCACAAUUCCGUGGGGAUUCUACCCAGAUUUUGCUAAUUCCAAGUGUCUCGAAUCCUUAAACAUUUCGCUGGAUGACGUCGACCCAUUUGAAAUCGAAGAUGUGCAAAACGUUUCAAAACUGUCGGAAAUGUUGCACCAAGUCGAUGGCCAACUGGUCAGCCUGUGUUUUGGCACGGUUCAAAAGACUGAUCUGCUAGGACCGCUUGAAUACUACCAUUUCAAAAACUCGUCUCCAAUCGGAUUUAAUUUGUUGAGAAGGAUGCCGAAAUUACGAAAGUUUUGCAACCGUAUCGUCGAAAUGUUUCGGAGUGCCGACUUCUUGCAGAAUAUUGAAAUGAUGCCGUUCCUGGAAACUUUGGUGAUUGGAAGAGACCUGAAACAGUUGCGAGGUGUGGAUGCAAUUUUAAGAGGAAUUUGCAACGCGAAAAUGAUUUUGCCAAGUGUCCGGAAGUUGGAGCUUAUCGAGCUGUACGAUCCCAAACUUUUGGACGGAGUGGCGACCGCGUUUCCGAACUUGGAGAGAUUGGAGAUGGUUCAAAGGAUCGCGACGGGGUUGUGGGGGCAGGUGGACAAAGUGGAGAUGGACAUUAUGCUGGAGGCGUGUCGGGAUUGGAGUGGGUUAAAACAUUUUAAGGUGACCUUAUGGAAGUAUCCGGAAAAAAUGGGGGAGUUUCUCCAGGGGCUUUUACAAGGCAGGGAAUUCUUUCAGCGGCUUACAACAUUCGAAAUUAAAACGCGUCAUUAUCAAAGGAUGAAGAUGACACGAAGUUUUACCGAGGACGAGAUGGCUCUGUUUAAGCAACUGCUUCUCGUAUGGAUAAGAUGGACCGGGUCACGAUUGCCGGGCUGGGUUUAAGCACAGAAUCUACAAAUAUUAUAUUGGAUUUCGUAGCGUCGAGUAAAAUGUCAUCGUCCAAGUUUAGGAUGAUUAAGGCGAAAUGUUAGUUUUAAUUUUAAUGCGUCAAGUUUGUGUACCUCUUUUUUGCUAAUUUAUUUUAAUAAGUACCAAUUUUUGGGGUGGGUCAAA